AUGAAGAGAAGUUAUCCUUCUGGAAGCGAUAAACGAAAGCGCAAAAAAGAGGAAGACGAGAAAAGAAAGCAUGAUAGCGUCUGCCGCUACACACACUACUACAGCCCCAAGUACUGCCACGCCAAGGUUCACUGCCCCCUCAAGCUCUACAGCCCUGGACAGCAGCGCUUCCUCCAAGGACCAAACAGAACCACAAGCACCCACUCCAGCUCAAACGGCAUCCACAGACCAAGAAAAAGCAACACCAAUAAGAUUGACAUCUUCUGA